CCACAGGUCCUCCCACAUGGCAUGACCAUCCAUAGGAUCAUUGUACAGGUGGAAGGAAAGACUCACGAUAUCCUCAUCGGUCCUGAAAAUCCAAAAGACUACGAGACAUUUAAAUACACCAAUACCAUCAUCGGGCGGUAUGCCAACCGCGUGCGCGUUGGGGAGCAUAUGGUGAAGAAGGAUGGAUUCGAGAGGUUAACAAGGCCUGUUAGCAACGAAUCCCCUGAAGUUUCUUUACAUGGGGGUCUCGUGGGGUUUGAUUUUGCAGUUUGGCAGCGCCUGUCCCUCGAAAAUGCCAAGCUCUUUACACCUGCUGAGAUCCGCACUAUUCAGAACUCCUCUACUUCCGAGUCAUCUAAUAACACAGCCAUCUAUGCAUACACAUCAGAAGAUGGAGAUCAAGGUUAUCCAGGGGAGUUGUACCUGGAAACGCUCGUUGCGCUGCUCCCUUCUGCACAAGGUGAGAAAGGAAAGUUGGGAAGCAUAGUGAUCUUGUACAGGGCGAGGUUAGCGAAUGAAGGCAUUACUCCCAUCAAUCUGACACAACACUGGGGAUUCAACCUCGAUGCAAGCUUGCAAGAGGGUGAAAGCGGGAAGGAUAAGUUGUCAGUGAAGAAUCACAGGCUGAAUAUUAAGGCAAGCCACAUGGCUGAGCUUCUUCCAAAUAGCCUUCCCUCGGGAAAAUACUGCCCAGUCGGUGGCACGGUGCACGAGCACAACGACAAACUAAUCAAAGAAGGAUAUCCGAACCAUGGGUAUGACCACUACUAUCUUCUUGCUCCUCGCCCAUGCGAGAAGCUCGCGCGACAUCGCAUAUCUACGAAAGAUUUUGAUACUGUGAAAGUGGGAGAGGAACUGAAUAUUGUAAAAGAGAUAUUCGACAGCACGAAUGAACCAGUGGUCCAGUUGAAAGGUGAGAAAUCGGGGUUGAAGGUCGAUUUUGAUUCGAAUCAAGCUGGCCUUAUGUUCUACACGAACAACCAUCCGAACAAGCAGUUUCGAAAGAAGAUUCACGGCGGUUCGGGAAUAAAGGACGACGGGUAUAUCAGCGGCUGUACGUCUCAUCCCCUCCCAUGUGUUUUUCACUGAGUCUCGCUUCAGCCGCAGCAUUCCUCGAGUUUCAC